CAUUAGGACACAACGCCCAAAAUAUCUCUCCAGUGACCCCAACACCAGCUGAAGUCACCCAACACGGAGUCACACGCCGCGCAGGCCAAGCAUUACCGCUGGGACCAUGGAUAAAGUCGUGGAGAUUGAACGCAUUGAUCUGGUGUGUGAGGAGAACAACACGGAUCACCACACGCUUCUGAACGGUGUGGACAGACUGAUCGUGAGGAGAGGACAGCCGUUCACCAUCACUCUACACCUGAGACCGGGAACUCACUUUCAAAAUGGGGCCGAUAUCAAUUUCAUCGCGCAAACAGGUCCGAGACCCUCAGUGGAAGCACAAACCAAAGCCAAAUUCAGCCUCAGUCAUUUCUCCUCCAGAUCAUGCUGGAGUGCCACUGCAGAGACAGCGUCCGACAGCACAGUCUCUCUGACCGUGUGCUCACACCCAAACGCCCCUAUUGGAGUCUACAAGCUGAUCCUGGAUCAGGGAGAAGGAGUUGGACUGGGAGAUUUUGUCCUGCUCUUUAACCCCUGGUGCAAAAGUAAGCUGUUUUAUCAUGAGUGA